UAAAGUGCGUGCCUUCUGAUCCAGCGGCCCAAGCGUUCACACUUUCGAGUGGCAAUCGAUCCAUGCUCCAAGUUUCCAAGGAUAGCUACUACUUGUAUAUAUACUUAUGAUGAUGAAAUUAAUCCGCGAGUGCGAAUGGUGUCGUCUUGCGUCAUUAAAUCUUUCGUUACGUUGGAAAUUAUAUCCAAGGAAGGCGCACCAAGUUGAAGUAAAUUUCGCGAUAUGGAUUCACGUGAAUAAUUUCUAUUUUUUCGUCACGUAAUCUCAAUAUCUACUAAUUGUAAUAACCGACAUCCAUUGAUGACCGCCAAUUUGACGAUGCAAUCGCAACAUCACGAGCAACGACGCGAAAUUGCCGCCGAUAAUUGCUGCUACCAGCAAUGGUCGGCGCAUCAUUAUCAUCAUCAUCAUCAGCAGCAACAGCAUCAUCAGCAGCAGCAGCAACAGCAGCAGCAGCAGCAGCAGCAGCAUCUGCCCGCUAUACCGUCGCCCAUGCAACAAAUGGAAGCCUGUUUGCAAAGCGCCGGAAGAGUAAAGAGAUCACGCAGUCCCAGUCAUCCGAUGAAGGCUAUUUUGCCGAUUCAUUCGGCGAAUCCGAUUUCCCCGCGAUCUACCACGAUGGAAUCGCGCAACGAUAGUAACAAUAACAAUAGUCAUCACGGUGACCAUCAUCCGAGCGAGGACGGCGGGACUUCCGUCCUCGAGGAAUCGAGCGCGAAACGGCCGCUCCAUCCGGCGUUGCUCGGUGCUGGCGCCGCUCUCGAGGCGAAGCCGCUCUGGGAGGAAUUCCAUCAGCUGGGCACCGAGAUGAUCGUUACGAAAGCCGGACGAAGAAUGUUCCCCACGUUUCAGUGUCGACUGUUCGGCUUAGACCCCAACACCGAGUAUCUGAUGGUGAUGGAUUUCGUCCCGUGCGACGACAAGAGGUAUCGAUAUGCUUUCCACAGCAGUGCCUGGGUCGUAGCCGGUCGCGCUGAUCCCAUAUCACCCCCCAGGAUCCACGUGCAUCCCGAUAGUCCUGCGAGUGGCGCUCAUUGGAUGAAGCAGCCUAUUUCCUUCGACAAGUUGAAAUUGACUAACAAUCAGCUUGACGAUAACGGACACAUUAUCCUGAAUUCGAUGCACCGUUAUCAGCCGCGUUGUCACGUAGUGGUCGCUCCUUCGCCACCAGGCUCGGCGCCAGAUCCUCGUACGGAGAACUUCAAGACGUUUUCCUUUCCAGAGACUAGAUUCACCGCGGUCACCGCGUACCAGAACCAUCGGAUAACGCAGCUCAAGAUCGCCAGUAACCCGUUCGCCAAGGGUUUUCGGGAUUGCGAAUCGGACGAGUGCGACGGCGUGACGGCCGUCGGUGCGGCGGGGAUGCCGAAUCCCGCGAAAAGGCCAGCCACGGGAGCCGCGAGUACUGCGAGUGCCACCAUAAAUAACACCCUCCUCCCAUCCGGUUACAACGCCAUGCCGACCAUCCCGACCAUCCCGAUUCCGGCGCCGAUGCAGAUUCCGGUUCCGGGUGCAAUCCACACCUCCCAGGAACACCAUCAGUUCUACGGCGCCGCAACAGGUAGCCAUUGGACGCAUUCAUACCCGAGUCAUCAUGGACAGUCAUCGGCGCACGUCAACACGGUCCAUUAUCCGAUGCAUUCGCAGCAUCCGCAUUCGAGCGCGUCUCUCUACGGACCGCGAUAAUCUGCACAUCAAUCUACUUUCGCCCUCUGUACGAGUAUAUAUAAGUAGUUGCGAUUCCGAUUUUUAUGUCGAAUCACCGAAAACAAUUAAUUCGUGCACGCUUAAAAAACACGAAAAUCAUAUACGUAAUUGCGUAUCCCGAUACUUUUCGAACGUUUUACUGUUUAUACUAUAUACAUAUACCUACGUAUAUUUUGACGUAUUUUACAUCUCGGUCCGACGCUUUUUUCUCGACGAUUCCUUCUUGAAACGUCUUGACGUGACUUUAGACUUGCAGAUGUAUUCUUUUAUUUUAAAAAUACGCGCGCACAACACAACAACUUUUGUUGCGCGACCUCUCUUAUAAAAGACGAGACUUUUAAAAAAACGGUGGAUUUUCAAAAUAUUGCAUUG